AUGCCGAAUAAACAACCUCCUCACGCGCCCGCGCAGAUCAACACGAAUAAGGACAUUACGCAAACUGGGCGAGAUGUGCCAUUUGAGUGUAAAAAGUCAAAAACGUUGGACACUCCUGUCGACAUAGAUGUCUUUCUUGAUCCCAAGACACCCGAGUUCGCUCGCCCUGGAUUGAUUAAUGAGCAAGAGCCGAGCGUUGUGGCUCCCCUGUCAGAUAUUUGGGCACACGAGUUCAAGAUGGGGCCAGGCUCAUACGUCGAUUGCUUGGCUGCCAAUGAUGCGAUCAGCGAACAAUUGAAGAUCGAGUGGGCUCCCAACACGCGCUUUUCUGAGCAUGUUGGUACGUUGAAGAGCAUUCUCAAAGCAAAAUGGGACGGUAUGGGACGGGAUCUCGAGUCAUAG